AAUGCUUCUAACAUAUCGUUAAAGGUGUUAAACAUAUAGUUUUCCCACAUAUUUUUGUCCUUUAAUGUAUUCAAACAAUGAAGGAGUUACUUUUUGUAUGCUAAAUGCAGCAUUAGCAUAAAUCUAUUUAGAGCCCGAUGGGCGGCCCCCUUUCCUUUAAUUGUGUUCAUUUAGAGGAAGACUGAGCACCUGACUGGAUGCGAGAUAAGGACUCAAAGACACUGUAACCUCCAAAAUGCGCUCAGGAAUCCGUUCCCGCUACAGAUGUUAUCAGAACAGCCAAAGACGGAUGCUUUGUGUGUGCGCUUAACUUUAAAUCACCUUUCCCUUCCUGCAGCUUCUGACAAAACGUUCUCUCCCUGUCUCCUCAUCACCACCCCCAUUCGGCGACCUCACCAUCAGCCCCCUCACAUUCACCCACUUCACUCUCAGAUUGCACACCAACAUGGUCACACAUGAGCCCAUUUGAAUUGCAAGUGAGCUCCGCUGACGGCCAGGAGGAGGUGGAAACAAGUGCCAAUGACAGGAGAGACGGAAAAGAGUCACACAGGGAAAACAAGCACAAAAAAAAAAAAAAAGCUGGAUGACAUUCACACGGUGUUUAGGCAAGACAUGCCUCCAUGUGUGAAGCAAAUAAUGAGGAGCCGGGACAGCCCUGAAGGGAGAUCUGAACUCCUCCUUCAGAGAGGAGCAUCUCAUGGGAGACGGGAGUCAGAGGAACACCGGACAACAACCUGCUGUCGCUCCUCCUCUGCUCGCAGCCGGCUCACAUCCCCCUUCUCUUCCUCAUACUCCUCCUCCUCCAUCCUCUCUCCGUCUCUCAUUUGAUCCCUCACUCCCUGCACCACGGAUGGAAAGCAUGUGCUGAGUGAAAGAGUUUGUGUGACAAAGCGACAAGAACAGAAGUGGAAGAGCGAAAAGGAAACGGGGGGAUUGAGGAUGGCGCUGUCCUGGUGUCUCAGUGCAGCUCUGGCGCUGCUCUGUUGGCCUUUGUUACCCCAGGUGAACUCGGCUCUGGCACCUGAGAAUGAGGUGCCGCUUCGCCCGACAGCAUGGCUGCCAGAGGGAAAGAUCACAACCUUAACUCUGUCUAAGGGAAAAACUCGCAGGUUAUACUUCACGCUGAAGAGGAAGGCCUCAGCAAUGUCAGUGACGGUCAGUCCCUGCGACGUCCCCGUUGAAUGGAGCUUAUCCAGCCGCACCCUGAAGGACAAACCCUAUAAGAGCCUGCACUGGAGCACCAAAAAAAGCAAGCCAGAAGUGUGGUGGCGAGGUCCAGGAUCUGAGGAGAAAUUACACAGUUUUACAGGCCAAGCAGUGGACACCUACAGUGGUCCAUCCCGCCCCAGCGCUUCGCUCUACAUCCUGCGACUGCGUUGCAAACAGCAGAACACCCGAGCCGCCGUGUACCUCCACGAAGGCACGGGACCCUCCGGGGUGUUUCCCUUACUCCCAGCUGACUCUCGGUUGCAUACUCUGGGCGUGGGCAUGACCAGCGUCACUCUCAGCUGGGCGCCCAGCGCCUCCAUCACCAGCCACACCCAUGUUGAGAAUGGCUAUGACUAUUGUGUCCUCGUCAACUCGGAUCAGAACUACCCCAGUCUCUGCGCUGCACAAAAGGGACUCAGGAAAGAACGAGAGGAGAUAGAAGACGAAAAGGAGAGGGGGAGGAGAGUGACUGCGUGGCCAAUUUUGAAGGAAUGGUGGUGGCAGCAGUGGGACACGUAUGCCGACGUUCAGAGUUCAAUAUCCGACCCCGCAGACGAGUAUGCCGAUCUGCAGUGCGUGUGUCAGGGGACAGAAACUGUAUGCACGGUCUCUGAGCUCCUUCCCGACACUCCGUAUUUCUUCGACGUAUUUGUGAUUGACCGGGUGAACGGGACCAGCGCCGCGUACAAAGGCACGUCUGCUCGGACACACGAGGAGGCUCGACCUCCAAUCACCCCACUGAAAGACGGAGAGCUGAGGUGGGUGACCUUUAAAGACAGAGGUUCUAACUCUCAGUACUUCAGUUUCCGCCCUCGGGGUUGGCAACAGAGCGGCCUCCUCACCUUACAGAGCUGCGAUAAAAACGUGAAAAUGAAGGUGUCCGUGUCAGCAAAGGGGAAAGUUUUGACCUCCCAGGGUGUGGGAGUUGAUUUAGUGCACAUUUGGUUGCAGGGAAGUCCUUUGUACGUCAUCCACUUGGAACGAGAUGGACCCACGGCGAGUCAGAUCUCUUCUGUUACAGAACAAGCCCUCCUAAACGGAUUAAUGGCUUCAGUUAAAUUGCAGGUUUCAUCAGCUUACCACCGCAGAGGAGUCCCCUCUCUGCCCUCCACCUUACAGAUAAAAUCCUUUAACCGGUUGCGGGGCUGUAACAGCGUUACCAUCGCUUGGAUGGGUACAGAAGAGAGAAGCCUGUACUGUGUAUAUCGCAGAAAGGUUGGAAACGGUGAGACGGAGGCUGCCGACGUUUUAUCGUCUCCAGCUCCCUGUCUGGGGCCCGAGUCCCGCUCCGACACUGAAAGAGUUCUCUGCAAGUAUUUCCAAGAGCUGAAUCCCCGACGGGCUGUCACUACCGCUGUGAUUGGGAGCCUGGAGCCAGGCACGGCCUAUGUGUUUGAUGUCUAUCUAAUGAGACGCUGGGGGAUCCCUAUCAAGUAUAAGAGUAAGAUGGUGAAGACCAGAAACGAAUGUUAAGCUGCCGCCCCCUGGAGGAGGCUUUCAAACUGUCCCGAUUCGAGGGGAAAAGAAAGCAUCAGCUGUGGAUGUGCUGGACCAAAUGUUCAAAGCCAUUUGAUUGUUGUGGAAAGCCUGUAGCAUAACAAGGAGAUGGAGAAGCUACAUUCAAACUCCACUUACAGUUUCAGUACAAGUGGUGUGGAAAGCUUUUUUGGAGAAGGAUCUGCACACCAGCAAAUUUUCAUUACAUUUACAAUACAGCUGUGGUGUGCUCGUCAUUUAGUUCCUCAUCGUCGAUCAUGAUCAUAACGUGCCAUUUGUCUAAGUGCUUAUUCAAACCACAAAGGACCGGCAAGUUUGCGAUGGCAAAAAAGUCAGCACAACAAAGACUGUGCCAAAUAUGCAAUAGAAGCAGAUGGGGCAAUAGUUAAAUAACAUCUGAGUCAGAGGACUUGCUGUGUGUACCUCUUGUGUUGCAUAUUGUACAGAUUUAGAUGGGAGCAAGCUAAGAAAGUUCAAAAUCUGUGUAAUUUUUUUGUGUUUUUGCUUUCGCAUGAAGCAGUGAGAAAUACUUUGUAAAUUGUCUUUGAUGUUUUCUUGUGCUGCUGCGAAAUCACCAAUAAAUGCUUGGGUAUCUGUA